AUGACGUCAAAAGGUGAAAUCCAGAGCCUCUCCGCGUAUGGAGUCGCUCGGGCCACCAUCCAGGGGACCCCCUUGAGCGAGAACGAGCUCCGCAAGAUGGAUGCUUAUUUCCGUGCGAGCAUGUAUCUUUGUCUCGGCAUGCUUUAUCUGCGCGACAAUCCUCUUCUCAAAGAGCCUCUCAAGGUGGAACAUCUCAAGGCUCGAUUACUGGGCCACUGGGGUUCCGACGCUGGUCAAUCCUUCACAUGGAUCCACAUGAACCGCUUGAUCAAGAAAUAUGACUUGGACGUAUUGUUCAUCUCUGGCCCCGGACAUGGUGCUCCUGGCAUUCUCUCGCAGUCAUACCUCGAGGGUGUAUACACCGAGGUCUAUCCGGAGAAGACGCAGGACGAAAAGGGCAUGCAGCGAUUCUUCAAGCAGUUCUCCUUCCCCGGCGGAAUUGGUAGCCAUGCAACCCCAGAGACCCCCGGAAGUAUCCACGAAGGAGGUGAGCUCGGAUACUCGAUCUCCCAUGCCUUCGGAACCGUCUUUGAUCACCCGAAUCUCAUCACGCUGACCAUGGUGGGUGAUGGUGAGGCCGAGACUGGCCCACUGGCCACCAGCUGGCACAGCAACAAGUUCCUCAACCCGAUCACCGACGGCGUAGUUCUGCCGGUGCUCCAUCUCAACGGUUACAAGAUCAACAAUCCCACCAUCCUGGCCCGAAUUAGUCACGAAGAAUUGGAAAUGCUCCUCAAGGGAUACGGAUGGACGCCGUACUUUGUCGAAGGAAGCGACCGUGAGAGCAUGCACCAGGCCAUGGCGGCCACCCUCGAGCAUUGUGUGUUGGAAAUCAAGAAGAUCCAGAAACAGGCGCGCGAGUCCAACAAGGCCUUUCGCCCUCUCUGGCCUAUGAUCGUCCUUCGGUCGCCCAAGGGAUGGUCUGCGCCCAGAGAAAUUGAUGGCAAAUACCUCGAGGGCUUUUGGCGUGCCCACCAGAUCCCUAUCACCGAUGUGCAGAGCAAACCGGAUCACUUGAAGGUGCUGGAGAACUGGAUGAAGGGGUACAAGCCAGAGGAGGUCUUCAAGAACGGCACACUGAUACCCGAAUUGAAGGAACUGGCUCCGACAGGCAACUCUCGCAUGAGCGCCAAUCCGGUCGGCAACGGUGGUCUCCUAAGACGACCGAUGGAUCUGCCUGAUUUCCGCGACUACGCCCUGACCGAUAUCGAGCCAGGCGUCACCAUCCGUCCCAGCAUGACCAAUAUGUCCAAGUAUCUGCGUGACGUGGUGGCCAGGAACAUGACCACCUUCCGAGUCUUUGGACCCGAUGAGACCGAGUCCAACAAGCUUGGCGAGAUCUACAAGGCGGGUAAGAAGGUAUGGAUGGCUGAGUACUUCAAAGAAGAUGAGGACGGCGGCAACCUGGACAUGCAGGGACGUGUGAUGGAGAUCCUCAGCGAGCACACCUGCGAAGGCUGGCUGGAGGGCUACAUUUUGUCUGGCCGACACGGGAUGCUCAACAGCUACGAGCCCUUCAUCCAUGUGAUCGACUCGAUGGUCAACCAACACUGCAAGUGGAUUGAAAAAUGCCUCGCGGUUGAAUGGCGCGCCAAGGUUUCCUCGCUCAAUAUCCUCCUGACCGCGACCGUGUGGCGUCAGGAUCACAAUGGAUUCACGCACCAGGACCCCGGAUUCCUCGACGUAGUCGCUAACAAGAGCCCCGAGGUCGUGCGGAUCUACCUCCCUCCCGACGGUAACACCCUCCUGUCGACCAUGAACCACUGCUUCCGCAGCGUCAACUAUGUCAAUGUCAUCGUGGCCGACAAGCAGGAGCACGUGCAGUUCCUCAACAUGGAGGAGGCGAUUGAGCACUGCACCAAGGGAGUCGGCAUCUGGGACUGGGCUAGCAACGAUCAGGGCUGUGAGCCCGAUGUGGUCCUGGCAUCCUGCGGCGAUGUCGCUACGCACGAAGCCCUGGCCGCGACGGCUCUGCUGCGCGAGCACCUACCUCAGCUCAAGGUCCGUUUCGUCAACGUUGUUGACCUGUUCCGGCUCAUCUCCGAUAUCAAUCAUCCACACGGUAUGCCCGACCGCCAAUGGGGGGCCAUCUUCACCACCGACAAACCGAUCAUCUUUAACUUCCACUCGUACCCCUGGCUCAUCCACCGUCUCACCUACAAGCGUCCGGGUCAGCACAACCUGCACGUGCGGGGCUACAAGGAGAAGGGCAACAUCGAUACGCCAUUUGAACUGGCUGUACGGAAUCAGACCGACCGGUACAGCUUAGCGAUCGACGCCAUCGAUCGUAUCCCGUCCCUUGGCAAUACCGCCUCGGGGGUGCGGGAGCGUUUGAUCAAUCUCCAGCUGGCCGCGAAGAACAAGGCGUUUGACGACGGCAUUGAUCCAGAUUAUAUUCGCAAUUGGACCUGGGAUUAUCCGCGGAAGAAGUGUUGA